CGUUUCCGCCUCGUCCCGCCGGGGCAGCGGCUCCGGGAGCGACCGCGGCUGAGGCCGGAGCGCAGGUGUGACUCCUGCCACCCUACCCCUCCCCAGGCUGGGGCCAUGGCUGACAUGAUUUUUGGCAGUGGUUCGGGCCCCUGGGUUUGCCCCAACGACCGGCAGCUGGCCCUGAGAGCCAAGCUCCAGACGGGCUGGUCAGUGCACACAUUCCAGACUGAGAAGCAGAGGAAGAUGCAGGCUCUGAGCCCCAAGGAGCUUGAGCUCAUCCUGGGAGUCAUCCGCAAGGCAGAGCAGCUGGACGUGGCGGAGCAGCGGCGCGUCGGGCGCCUGGUGGAGAGGCUGGAGAACAUGAGGAAGAACGCCAUGGGGAACGGCCUCUCACAGUGCCUGCUCUGUGGGGAGAUGCUGGGGCUGCUGGGCAGCUCCUCUGUCUUCUGCCAGGACUGCAAAAAGAAAGUUUGCACCAAGUGUGGGAUAGAAACUGUUGGAGGCCAGAAACGUCCCCUGUGGCUGUGCAAGAUCUGCAGUGAGCAGAGAGAGGUCUGGAAGAGGUCUGGGGCGUGGUUCUACAAAGGGCUGCCCAAGUACAUCACACCUCUGAAGAGCAGCAGCAAAGCCCUGGAGCUGCAGGGCCAGCCCUGGCAGGGCGAGCCCGAGAGCGUCGGCAGCGGCCGCUCCUUCACCUGGGCCAGGGGAAAAGUGGUUUCCAGUGACAGUGAGAGCGACUCGGAGCUCAGUUCCUCCAGCCUGGAUGACAAACCCGUCCCUGUGGGAUCAAAGGGCUCUCAAGGGAGAAAGCUCCAGGCAGGAAUGGCACCCACCAGGGGACCCAGCCCGGCCAGGAGCAGAGCCCUGGGGACCCCCCAGUGUCCCCAGCUGUGGGGGAGCCACAGCAGCCUGGGCAGUGAGCAGGGGGCCGAGCUCAGCCCCACGGAGAGUGGCCAGAGUGACCAAGCCUCGGGCAGGCGCCACAGCGACGCGGGCACCAGCACCCCUGGCAAAGGACGAGCCCAGAGCAGAACAAGGCUCUGAUGGGGCUGAAGAUGGAGCUGCUCUGUCCUGGAUCCAGCUCUGCCAUUCCUCAGGUUCCACCCCAGGCAGGAGCUGCUGCUGCCAGUGGUGACUCUGGGAUGCUCUUCCCCAGGCAGUGGCAGCUGGGACAGCCCUGCCUGUCCCCUGAGAGCCCCAGCAGAGAGCCUGGCCCUGGGGUUUUCCUGUGGCUCCCGUGGGGAAGCUGCUCCUCCUGUUUGCUGUCAUUUUGUUCUGCUUGGAGUGAGUUUGGAGGGGCCAGCAGGACCCAGAAGCUCCUGGUGAGCCUGGUGGAGCUCCUGUUCCCUCCCUCCCUCUCUGCUCAGGGGAAAGGAACACUCCCAGGAGUUUGCUGGGAUUUUUUCACUCCCCUUGGCCGUGCCCAUGGGAAGGGUGGGGGUCAGGGGAGAUGUGUUUGCUGCAGCUCCUGGGGGGAGCACAGCCCCAAACCUCAGCCCAGCUGCCUGUGAGUGCCCAAAUGGGAUAAAAGCUUUCAAAUGACUUUAUCCUGUAAAGCUCUGCAGAUCCCCCUCCCACGUGCACAGCUUACACGAGCAAGAGCCUUUCUUUUGCCUUUUUCCUGGAAGUCUGGAGCAUCUGGCUGACUCUGGUGGUGUCAUCAUGAGUCAGGCUCUUGAAAACUGCAUGCCCUGCUCCUGCUUAUCCUCCAGAAUGGACAAUUUCCCUCUAAGGCCUGACAGAUGAGAAAAAUCAAAUUACCUCACGUCUCUGGAGCAAUUAGAUCUUUGAAGGCCUGAACAAAACCCACACUGGGAGUCUGUGGAUUUUAUUAAAUGCUUUGGAGCUGACCUGUCUGUUAUGAAGAAACAAAGGAUUCCAAAAAAGUUCCCUCUGAAACCACAGAGUUAAAGGCAAUUUGUGCCCAUUAAUGUCAGCCUUUCCCCUGGUUAUUUCUCUUUUGUUCUGUUCCCCUUUGCUCUGGGCACUCUGUGUGCAUGCAGUGUGUGUUCUCACAGAUGGCUGCAGUGUGAAGAUAAAUGAGAUUGGGUGCUGGGAAAUCAAUCCCUGCCUUGCUUUUCAGGUGAGCAUGGCCCAGCAGAACAUUCCCCCACUGCUCCCCAGGUCAUGGGCUGUGGCAGCUUGCUGGUGAAAUGCUUCCAAGCCUCCCUCUGGGAUCUGCUCCUGCCCUUUUACAAAUGGAAACAAAACCUUUGGGCUCCCUGAGAUGGCAGAAAAAGAAACCCCUGAGUGGGAUGUCCACAGCAUCAGUGUUGGAGAGAGCCAGGGAUGAGGUUGUUCUCCACUGAGGGAUGUUUUGUGGCAUGGUCUGUUGUUAACCUGCAUCUGUGGAAUGGGGAGUGCCAAAACCAUCAGCUGUAGCUGAAGAAGGAACUCCAGCUCUCAGCUUUUUUUUUUUGUGUGGUUCCAGGGCUGUUUCUUCUCAGAGCUGCAGGGUCUUCAAUUUCCCAGCAGGGUCUUCAAUUUCCAGUGUGUGUAGGCACCAAGAGGAGUUCUGGUUUGCCUUGAAGCUUUUGGCAGUGCAAGUGAGGUUUGUCCUGCUCAUUCGUGCAGUGCCUCAGACAGCCUGGCCUGCCAGCCAAAGUUAAUUCUACAGCAGAAGGAGAGGGGAAAAGACUUUUUUAAAGUUGUUCCUUUCUCAUCACCAGCUCUAGACUGGAUUGGAAAGAGCUUUUUAAAUCUGGAGUAAUUUCUAGCUCUCCUUGGGUCCCUGGUGCUUCACUCCAGGGCAGUGCAGGCAGGUCACUGGUGUCCCCAUUCCCACACCGUGGGCUGCCAGCUCUGCUCAGGAGCCUGGGAGUCCUGGCUGUGCCACUGUGAGGCAGCAGCUCGAUUUUUAACUGAGGCCAGCUUUUAUAAAACACUCUCAGAGAUAAAUUUGAUGUUGCUCUGGUGCUACUGAGACUGGAAACUUUUCUUUCUUAUUUUAAACUUAUUUAUCUUUCCUUUCUACCUGUGUAUUUUAACUCCAUGGGGUAAUUCCACCUGAGGUUGAACCAGAAUUGUUCAAUCAGCUGUGGAAAGACUCCUCCUGGACUGAGGGAAGGAUCUGGACAAUGUGAUCCAGGCACAACUGAAUGGGACAGAGGAACAUCUGCAGCUCUGUGCACUGUUUUAUUUUGAAGCCCACUUUUCCCUUUGUGGUGGUUCUCUUGGUUGUGUUUUGUGGCUUUUGUUGGAAUAUUAUCCUGAACCUGUGCCUGUCUUUUGAGCCAGCUCAGUGUGGGCAAGAGGAGCUCAGUGGAUGUGCUUAGUCUGCUCUGGUCAUUUGUGUUUAUUAUUUUUUGUGUUCACCUGCAUCCCUCACAACUUUUAUGUGGUGUUUUACUACUGGAAACAAUAAAGCUUUUGCUCAGUAACAGCUCCUUGCCAUUCCUGAAACAGUAAAAAAGGGUUUUUUUUUUUUUGUAGGUACUCCAAAUCCUCCAGCAAGGCAAGACAAUAACCCAGCCAGUGGAAUUGUGAUGGCUGUGGCUGGACUUUAAUUGAAUCCUGCACUUGAAAGUCACCUUUUGUCUUGUCCCCUCCUCUGUGCCAGCUGCUGGCAGGGGCACAGAUCUGCUCCUCAGCCCCUCCCUGAAGGUUUCCCACUCUGUCACAAGCAGGGCCCACCAAGAAGUGUCUCUGUGUCUCCCCAUUGUUUGCUGAGCUCACACAGCCCUGCCUCUCCUGUUCCCUCAGCAUUCACCCUCAAGGUUUCAAAUCGCUUUUUUAAUCUGUUUUUGCUCUGCCCUGCUCUCACAGCUCCUCAGUAAUUGCUGCUGGGAUUGUUCUGCUGGGGAGCUGCCAUGGGGCCAAGGAUGGAGCGUGUCAAGGACUGAGCAGCUCUGGUGCUGCUGUUCCCCUCCCUGCUUGCCAUGACAACAGCACCAGGUGGGAGAGUCAGCUGUGGCAUCUCAGAAACGCUGCCUGGGCACUGCCAAGCUGCCCUGGGUGGUUUUUGACACUUUAUUUUGGGAGGGGAGGGCAGUGCUUCCCCUGUCAGAGCCGUCUGUGGCAGGAGUGAAUGGGCCACCAUUGGUGUUUGGGUGUGAAAAACAGCAAUCCCUUGGUUUUAAAAUCUUCAAAGUUUAAUAGUGAUAAAAUGGUUAUAAAAAUAGUGAUAUAAUUAGAGUAAUAAUAAUUUGGACAGUUUGGAUUAGGACAAUAUGAGACAAUAGAAACAAAGAGUUAUGGAUGGUCUGGGUACCUUUCUGGGCAAAAUAAGCCCAAAAAAGGACCCACAUUAACAGAGGAUUAACCCUUAAAAACAGCCUGUUGCAUAUUCAUACACCUCAUCCAUGAUGCAUAAAUUCCAUUCAAACACAGGAUUCUGUCUGGGCAGUGUCAGCUUCUUCCUCUGA